GGCUUGUCAUCAUUCCCUCUUCGUACUGUACAUUCAUUGAGAACCGAGACAGUUUUGGAACGGUUUGGCAAGAAAUCAUUAAGUUAUAUCAGCACAAGAAUUCUUGACAAGUAUGCGUAGAUGAUUUAAUUCAUCGCCAAAGUUCACAUGUGUUGUAAAGUUUAAGCGACUACUUGACAAGUUUGUGAAGAUUUUUUGAUCACUUCCCAAGAUGGCGGACUCCGUUGGCGAAGCCGGUGAAUCGAGAGUGGCACGAAGACGGAGGGAAAGGGAAGCAGCCAAAAAAAACGGUGAAGACGGUGAAGGGGCGACAGGUGGGGCAGCCAAGAAAACAGGGGGUAGAUUUAAAGACAGGAAAGGAAAGGUCCGGGAGAAGAGGCGACCGACAGGCGUAAUCACUCUAGUUGGGCAAGAAGUUGUGCAAGAAGCUGGUAUGGAUGAUGAAGUCAGAGCAAACACAGAAAUUAAUGAAACUAUUGCUACAGAUAAAGAGGGUAGUAUAUCAUCGCACAAAUCUAGUUGUCGUUCGCAUGAUGUUCCCACUACUAACUUAGAUGUUCCCAUAAUAACAUCACCUGACAUUUCCAUGGUAACAUCAUCUGAUGUUUCUAUGGGAACAUCAGAUGUGUCCAUAGUAAUAUCACCAGAUGUUUCCAUAGUAACAACAACACAGGAGACAGAUAAACUUGAAAAAGAUUCUGACAAGCCUCUCGGAAAACGUGAAAAUGAUUCUGACAAGCAAUUGGAACAUCUUGCAAAAGAGGAUGACAGUCCAGUUGAACAUCUUGAAAAAGAGGAUGACAGUCCAGUUAAACAUCUUGAAAAAGAAUCUGACAAGUCUCUUGGGUUUGAACAGUCACUGGAGGACAAUAAUAACGAACAAACAAACAUGGUAGAUAGUAAAGAAAAGUUAAAUGCAAUUCAGAUGGAGAAAGAUAAAGAGGAAACAAUUGAAACCGAAGAAACUUCUAAUAUCACGGAGGCUGGAGAUAUAUCAGCUGGGCCAGAAGCAAAGAAUAGCCUGACUGCUUUAACUUUAGCUGAUGUACCACAGUCAUUAAGUCGAACACAUGAUGCCCAAACUGAUGUUCAAUCACCUCGGACACGAAGGGCAUGGAGAACAAGACAGUGUCAAUCGCUGAUAUCAACGGAUCCAAACGAUUUACAUACAAUGUAUCUGCCGCCAGAUAGUCCCACAGAAAACUACAAAAAGCUGUAUGACAGAGAACGUCGAGAAACACGACGACUAACGAGACGCCUAGCAGAAUCUGAACAGGCCGUCAACAGAAUGCAUGAAGAAAUGGAACGACUAAAAAAAUACUUAGUGGAUGCAGAAAAUGAAAUAGAUAGAUUACAGGAAGAGAAUGAUGCCCUCGUGAGUGCUGUUACUAAGUUAUCACUCAGUUGAACCAUGGAUUCUGUUACCUAGCAACCCGUCACCAUGCAAUAUCCUUCUGAGUAUUGUGGUUUAAAUAAAUGAAGAGUUCUGACUGGUGAAAACUGUUAAUAAUGGUCACAAAAACAUACAGUUAUGAAGUAUUCUGAAUGUUGCAAAGAAUUUCAAGUGAGACUCACCUGGACAUUUCACUCGACAUGCAAGAAUGGGUUUUAUAUGGUGCAUGAUUAUAUUUGAAGUAGAAUAUACAAAACCAUUAGUUUAACUUUAGAUAAAAUGACAAUUUCCUUUUACACAACCACCUUCAA